CGUGCCGUGCUCCACUCCCCAUUGCCUGCCCCUCCGAUCUGAGUCUGACCGGCGCAGAAACGCAGGCAGCCCAGCCCACGACGCCGCGGGGAAAGCCUGAGAGACCGAGAGACACCCAGAGAGACAGACAGAGAGUGAGCAAGCGUCACGCACGCGACGCGAGAGCUGGUGCUCCGGACCACGCUCCACGCGGAUGGGCUCGAGCGACCCGGCGGCCGACCCUCUCUCUUCCUUCCUCCGCCACCCCGGCGCCUUCUCCCUCUCCCGCCGCGUCGCCAUGGCGCGCGACGCCACCGCCACCGCCGUGCCCGGGCUCCGCCCCUGGCUCGUCGACCUCCUCCCGCUCCUCGUCGUCCUCCUCAUCGCCGCCCACGUCCUCGCCCUCGGUUACUGGAUCUACAGGCUCGCCACGGACGGGUCCAGGCAGCCCGCGCGGAGCAAGAAGCACUAAGGAGAGGGCGCCCUCGGCUGGAUGCUUGCAACCAGUGUUUGCUAUUUCAGUCAUGCAUCCUUUGCUUGCUGAUCUCCAAGGCUUCCAACGUCAGGUGAUGUCGUGGCAAAAUUCCUGAAAGAACUAGGACAGGGAAACCCGAUCUCAUCCAGUGGUUUGUUCAGAUGUUGGUAUCAAAAGUGACGAUACACUUCAAAAAAACAAAAAGUGACGGUAGCUGAUAUUUGAAAGGUGGCCCUUUUGGGCAUAAAUAGUUUUCGGUUGCUGGGAGGUCUGUCAUCUGUCGACGUCUCCGUGUAAAGAACAGUAGCUAGACAGGUGUGCCGUUUCAUAUGUUGUUGGCUUUUGUAAUCUAAUCCAUGAGCAGCAUUUUAUUCGGGCUAAUCCAUGAAAAGGGAAAUUUCAGGUUCUAAGCUUCUUGGGUGCCUGUUUGUAUCCUGCUAAGUUUAGCAUCCUAACCCAUAGCACUUUGUAGCAAUCUCUACCUUAACAAUACUACCUCUGUUUCAAAUUAUAGUUCA